CCGCCGCCGCCGCAGCAUCUCGCGGCGCCUGCUCACCAGCCGCAGCCCGCGGCCCAGCUGCACCGCACCACCAACUUUUUCAUCGACAACAUCCUGAGGCCGGAUUUCGGCUGCAAAAAGGAGCAGCCGCCGCCGCAGCUCCUGGUGGCGGCGGCGGCUGGAGGAGGCGCAGGAGGAGGAGGAGGCCGGGCCGAGCGUGACAGAGGCCAGACUGGCACAGGUAGAGACCCUGUCCACCCGCUGGGCACGCGGGCGCCUGGAGCCGGCCCGCUCCUGUGCGCCCCGGAUGCGAACUGUGGCCCACCCGACGGCUCCCAGCCGGCCACCGCUGGCGCGGGCGCGUCCAAAGCCGGGAACCCGGCUGCAGCGGCGGCGGCGGCGGCGGCGGCAGCGUCUAAGCCCUCGGACAGCGGCGGCGGCAGUGGAGGCAGCGCGGGGAGCCCGGGAGCGCCGGGCGCCAAGUACCCGGAGCACGGCAACCCUGCCAUCCUACUCAUGGGCUCGGCCAACGGCGGGCCCGUGGUCAAAACUGACUCGCAGCAGCCCCUUGUGUGGCCCGCCUGGGUCUACUGCACUCGAUACUCGGAUCGCCCGUCCUCCGGUCCGCGCACCAGGAAGCUGAAGAAGAAAAAGAACGAGAAGGAGGACAAGCGGCCGCGGACUGCGUUCACGGCGGAGCAGCUGCAGAGACUCAAGGCGGAGUUCCAGGCUAACCGCUACAUCACCGAGCAGCGGCGGCAGACCCUGGCCCAGGAGCUCAGCCUCAACGAGUCCCAGAUCAAGAUCUGGUUCCAGAACAAGCGCGCCAAGAUCAAGAAAGCCACGGGCAUUAAGAACGGCCUGGCGCUGCACCUCAUGGCCCAGGGACUGUACAACCACUCUACGACCACGGUCCAGGACAAAGACGAGAGCGAGUAGCUGCGGCUGCCGGGGCGCCCUGCACCCCUCCCGGCGUCGCCGCCUGCGCCUCCUGCUGCGCCUGGAGGGAGGGAGCGAGCGGGAAGACAGACAGAGAAACAGCGAUCCUCAGAAUGGACAGGCACGUUUGAACGAAACAGUUUUGAAAAGGGAGAAAGACUCGGACAGGUGCUAUCGAAAAAUAUGGUCUAUUCUCUAUUCACACUAUAAGGGAUGAAACUGCGAACUCCUUAAAGCUCUAUCUAGCCAAACCGCUUACGACCUUGUAUAUAUUUAAUUUCAGGUAAGGAAAACAAAUAUGUGUAGCGAUCUCUAUUUGCUGGACAUUUUUAUUAAUCUCCUUUAUUAUUAUUGUUAUAAUUAUUAUAAUUAUUAUAAUUAUUUUAUCCCCCUCCCCCGCCUCGCUGCCCCCGGCCCAGUUUCGUUUUCGUUGCCUUUUUUCUUUUGAAUGUUUUUGCUUCUCCGGUAUGCCCCCCUCCACGCUGGCCCUCGUUUCUCUGGGACUUUUCUUUGUGUGCGUGAGUGCGUUUCCUCGCGUGUCUGCCCCUCGCCUCUCCCCCACCUCCCAGAACCCAUCUAUCCGUCUGUCUGUCCUGCCCCCCUUUCGUUUUCCCGAAACUCGUUGAGAAAUACGACCCCACAGACUGCGAGACUGAACCGCCGCUACAAGCCAAAGAUUUUAUUAUGUUCAGAAACCUGUAGUCUGAAAUAAAGUGUACACUG